GGCCACGCGAUUGGCGCGUGGCGCACACCCGCACCCGCAAAGGCCGAUUUGGCGCUAAACAAGCAUCAUGACAUAACCACCUGGUUUUGGAGCAUUGCCGUCCCCGGUCCCCCAUGGACAACUCGCACAACGAAACGAAAAGAUGAUUGACCGAUAGUAGUAGCCAAAACACCAAAAAAAGAGACUCCGCCAUUUUCCCUCUUCCCUUUCUCUCUCGUUGCUUCAAUCAAGCGCAAUGCCCCGCGCCCCUCUCCUCCGCAUCCCAUAUACAGAUCCUCUACCCGCACCUCGUAUCAUUCCCGCAAGCGCCACAACAAGCAGCGGCGCCAUUGCUGCGCUUGUAGACUUUUUAUCGCCAUGCCUGCCUUCCCGGUCGUCUUCUUCGCGCCCUGCGUUCACACCCCGUGAUGCCAGACCAGCAAAGACGCUGCUCCUCACCGGCGCAGGUAUAUCCGUAGCUUCGGGCCUCGCAGAUUACCGCGGCGCAAACGGGACGUAUACGCUAAACAAGACGUACCGACCCAUUUACUACAAUGAAUUCUGCGAUAGCCACGAGGCACGGAAACGGUACUGGGCACGGAGUUUCAUGGGGUGGACGAAUCUCGAGCGCGCAAAGGCGAACGCGGCGCAUGUGGCGUGUGGGGAGUUGGGGAGAUUAGGGGUUGUUGGGGAGGUGAUUACACAGAAUGUCGAUUCCUUUCACUCAACUACGCAUCCGCACCUCCCCACCAUCGAACUCCACGGCUACCUCCGCAACCUCGUCUGCAUCACCUGCCGAAACGAGUAUUCACGGCGUAUAUUCCAGUCCCAACUCUCCGCCUUAAAUCCCUCGUGGGCUGCGUUUCUAGCAGAGAUGCUGGAGACGGGCGCGCUGGAUACUGAGAAUCCGCUUGAGCGCCGGAAGAGGGGGUUGAAGACGAAUCCGGAUGGCGAUGUGGAUAUCCCUGAUGCACCGUAUACUACGUUUCGGUACCCCGCGUGUCCUACGUGUCUGGAAAAGCCGCCGAAGCGGGCGGACGGGAGCGAGGUUAGUGUAAAGGUUGAUGCGGACGGGGCAUGGGAUCCGCAGAGUGAGGGUGGGGUACUGAAGCCUGCUGUUAUUAUGUUUGGGGAGUCGAUACCUGCGGCUACGAAGGUGGCGGCUGAGCAGGCUGUUGAGGUUGCGGGCAGGGUUCUGGUGAUUGGGAGUAGUCUAGCCACGUAUUCUGCGUGGCGGCUUGUGAAGAAGGCGAAGGAGAUGCAUUUACCGAUUGGCGUCUUGAACAUGGGUGGAGUACGGGGUGAAGAAACGUUUUUCGGGAACAUAAACGAUGUGAAUAUGGGGAGCGAUGCUGUAAGGUUGAGCGAGAAUGCGGAGCGGAUACUUCCGAGUGUUGUUGGGAUUUUAGCGCAGAUGAAGGAGAAGAAUAGAUAGAUGGUUUACCAAUCUGUAGUUUCAUAUUUCUUAUGGAUAAGAGAAAGAAAGGAAGAAAAAAAUCCUGAUUCCAUACUAAAAGAGAAAAAGAACGGUACAGGACAUCAAUCUUUGUGGUAUCAAAGGCGCGAAAACAAGAAAAAAAAGAAAAGAAAAGGGUUAUCUAAUGCCCGCAAGAGACUUUAUACAUAUGUGCAUAUAAACGGUUUUCAAACACCGCCAGAA